GCGUAAUUCUGAAAACGUUUCCAACGACGCCUUAAUGUGUCCUGUGAAUUAAAAAUGAGCGUCGGUAAUAAGAAGCAGCCUCACAUCUCGAGCUCCAGACCUACGGACAGAGAUGUACCCCGAGUUCCUGUGCUGCCGAAUAGAACCUCAGCUCGUAGUUGGCGUAAAAGGGAACCAAAGAAUAAAGAUAUAAAAAAAUUGAGCAAAGAUCCGAUUCAUGUAAAAACUUGUAGUACGAAAUACCAACAACAAAAUAAUCAGAGACGUUUGGCAAAUGUUGUGCCAUCUGUUUCCACAUCACAGUUACCCUUGAAAUCGGUUAACGAGAAAGACACCAAAUAUCUAAAUGUUGGCAGAAUAACAAACAGUCAAACAGAUGUAAAGCCAUUCCAUACUUAUACUUCAACCGCUGCAAAUAGUACACAUAAUCUAAAACGUGCAAUAAUUAGAAAAGAUGAAAAAGAUUUCCCAAGUAAUUUCGAAAAGAACAAUUCUAUACACGAAUAUAAUCUUUCGAAAUCAAAUAAUAAUUGUCAUAUCAAUAAACCGGACUACAAAUAUACUCUGAGUAUGACGACUGUUAAGCCAGGAGUGGUAAAAAAAAUGUCAUUCAAUCAGUCUGAUCAUUCCAAGAGUAGUAAUUGUCUUUCAUCAUCUGAAAAUCAAAUAUCUUCAUGGUUAAUACAGCGUAACAAUACUUCUACGACACUCAAUAAAAAAGGAGUGAAAUCUGACCAGAAAGCAAUCGGUUCAGGUCAACGAGGAAACUUCAAUAGUUGUUUAUCCUCACACUCUUUCAUAAAACAAUCAAAUGAGACUGUACAUUGUUCAGCGAAAAAAAUUGAUUCUGAUAAACAACAAUCAAAUGAAGAAGUUACUUGUGUUUCAAAUGAAUUGAAUACAAAUAGUUCAAAGUAUUCUAAAACAAACUUGAUUGAUCGCAUCCAUGAAACCGUUGAUGAAUCAACAGAAGUUGUGUCGAAUGAACAUUUAAUUGACAAUGAACCUGAUGAAAACAUAAAUUCUAAUCCUGUCAAAUAUUAUGAUGUUAACUCGACAAAUUUAACCGAUUGGGGUAGUGUUUCUUCAUCCGAAUGGGGUGAUGAUAUGUGUUUUAUAGUUUUCUCAAAUUUGUUUGAAGUGACUGGUUGGAUUGAUGGACCAGUAUUUUAUAUUACAUCUUUAGCGAGUUGA